AUGAUAUAUUUUAAAAUAGAUAAUAAUGGUGCAUGGGAAGUAGUUAGGCAUAGGACAGAACAUAAUCAUAGUUUCAGUCCUCCAGAACAGGUGCAUCAUGUGCGUUCCCAAAGAGGGAUAACAAAUGAAGAAGUGCAAUACCUUGUGCAUAUGAAGAGAAGAGGUGUAGGUGUUGCAGAAGCUUAUAAGUGUAUAAGGGUAGAAGCUACAAGUUCCCCUGCACUUGGUUUUAGUUUAGAGGAUGCAUAUAAUGUUGUUGCUAGAGCAAUGAGGAAACAAUUCGAUGGUUGUGAUGCAAACACGCUAAUUAAUAUAUUUAAGCAAAGACAAGCUAAUGAAGAGGAUUUUUAUUGGGAUUUUGAAGUGGACCUUGAUUCAUCUUUAACGAGUUUUUUUUGGAGGGAUAAGAAAAUGAAAGAGGAUUACAUGGUUUUUGGAGACUUAGUGGUACAUGACACCACAUAUAGGACAAAUAAGUAUGACCUUAUUUGUGGUCCAUUUGUGGGAAUGAAUAGUCAUGGACACAAUUGUAUGUUUGGUUGUGGAUUUAUCUUGAAUGAAAGAACUUGCUCUUUUGAAUGGUUGUUCACCACUUUUUUGAAGUCAAUGGAAGGUCUAUACCCUAAAACAUUCAUGACAGAUCAGUCAUUCGCCAUGAAUUCAGCUAUACAAAGUGUGUUCCCUGGAGUUACACACAGAUUGUGCAUAUGGCACAUAGGUGAAAAUUCUAGAGCACAUAUCAGAGACUUAAGACAAAAGGAUGGGUUUAUGGAUGUCUUUGAUCGAGUGCUGAAAAAAUGUCAUACUCCAUUAGAAUUUGAAUACUUUUGGAACAAGAUGACAACAGAUUUUAAAUGCAAUGAUAAUGCAUGGCUAAAUAGAUUAUAUGAGCUUAAAUACAAGUGGAGCAGGGCUUAUACAAAAGAUGUUUUUUCUGGAGGCAUAUUAUCAUCACAAAGAAGCGAAUCUACAAAUAAUGCCUUAAGUCACAGGCUUCAUAAAAGCAACAGUUUAUAUGACUUUUACAAUAAUUUUUGUGAAGUCAUUGGGGGAAUGGAGAAAAUAUACACAAUAAACGCAUACAAACCAUUUGAGACAAAGUUUUUGAGAGGAAUGACACAUAAGCAUGAGCUUAGAUCCGAGGAAGAUAGGAUUCUGGUUUAUAUUGUUUGGAUUCCGGGCUACGAUUACAUUGGGAAUCUUGUAACCUAUGAUAUCAGUAACAACAAUGUUUGUUGUACUUGUAAGAGGUUUGAAGAAUUUGGAAUAUUAUGCAGACAUGUAUUAAGAACAUACCAUGUGCAUUGUGUGGAAGACAUACCAAGUACAUACAUAUUGAAUUGCUAUUCCCGUGAUACAAAGCCUAAGCCUACAAAUGAAUCUGGAAAACCACCCUAG